AUGCUGGAGUUGGAUGGGGGGCAUCUUAUGGGUGCUUGGUGGCUGAGCUGCCAGGCACAUCCAUGCCCUUUCCCCUUGGCCAACACCAUGAGUCGGCCGAUGCGUGCGCGGCGGGUCAUUGAUGCUGCACGUUUGGUGGAGGCCCCCUUCCUCACCGGCCCACCGGCCGCCUUCCUCAGCGGCCGCUGGCGGGGCGAUGCGCUGCGGCUCGCGGGGCGCGAGGCGCACCCCAGCGCCGAGGCGGAGCGGGCGCAGGACCUCUGUUGGGUUCUUGUAGUGCAAGGGGAAGAGCUUGCAGGCGUCGGCUUCACCACCUGGCCCGCGGCGCACGUGCUGUGCGGCGCCGCCGGGCGGACGUGGCAUCGCCUCGUGGGGCGCGUGGCGGAAGGUGGCACCUUUCAGCUGGAGCUCACCUGGGAAGACGUGGUGGCCUCGCGCCGCCCCUCAGAGCCGCUGAGUGAGCAGCAACGCUGCGGCGGAAGAUUGUGCUGCCAGAUCAAUGGCCGUGUUUGGUGGGAUGACCGACAUGGGCAAUUCCUUUUGGCCGGGCUCUGGCAGGACGAGGAAGGCGUCUCUGGUGCCUUGCUGAUGUCGCAAGAGCCCAACGCCUGCGCUGGACGAUGGGAGGGCAGUUCCAAGCGCUACGUCUUGGCGGUGGACCCCGCGCAAAAGCCUGAAGCCUUCGGCAUGGUCCUUGGUAACAGUGCUGAUGGCCAGUUGUGA